AUGACUCGACGCACUCUAAGCGGGGGACGUCGUGCAAUUGAUAGCAACGCGCUUCCGCCUCAAAUGAAAGAGAAUAUAUGUUCUGUCAAAUUCGGAUACUAUUGCGUGAGUCUGUCGAUGGGCGAAUCAACCCAAGUGUCGAAUACUUCCCGAACCUUGAAAAUAAGCCUUAAGAUUUGGAAGGGAAUUCUGCUUUGGCCUUCCAUCUUAAAGCAAGAUGCAAUCUCAUUUUAUUUGUGUACAGGCUGGAAUGUCUCGAGCCUUGCAUCUACUGAAAGUCGAAGACAAUACAUGACAUGCCCUUCACUUAAGAUAGUUCUUCGGUGA